GAUCCUACAGCUGAGUGGCUCUAAGGAAGGCCAAGGGAUGCUGAUCCUGCUUCUUCAUGCGGUGGUCUUCAGCCUGCCCUGUACCCAGGCCACUGAGGCCUGCCUGCGGGACUGCCCUGCGGCCUGCACCUGUAGCAGCGUGGAGCGCGGCUGCUCGGUGCGCUGCGACCGAGCGGGCCUUCAGCGGGUGCCCGGCGAGUUUCCGUGCGAGGCGGCCUCCAUCGACCUGGACCGGAACGGCCUGCGCAUCCUGAGCGAGCGGGCCUUCGGGACGCUGCCGUCGCUGCGCCGCCUGUCGCUGUGCCACAACAACCUGUCCUUCAUCACCCCCGGCGCCUUCAAGGGCCUGCCCCGGCUGGCCGAGCUCCGCCUGGCCCACAACGGCGAGCUGCGCUACCUGCACGCGAGGACCUUCGCGGCGCUCGGCCGCCUGCGCCGCCUGGACCUGGCGGCCUGCCGCCUCUUCAGCGUGCCCGAGCGUCUCCUGGCCGAGCUGCCGGCCCUGCGCGAGCUCACCGCCUUUGACAACCUCUUCCGCCGCGUGCCCGCGACGCUCCAGGGCUUGGCGAACCUGACGCACGCGCACUUGGAUCGCAGCCGCAUCGAGGCCGUGGCCUCCAGCUCUUUGCGGGGCCUGAGGCGCCUACGCUCGCUCAGCCUGCAGGCCAACCGAGUGCGCGCGGUGCACGCCGGGGCCUUCGGGGACUGCGACGCCCUGGAGCAUCUGCUGCUCAACGACAACCUGCUGGCUGCCUUGCCCGCCGCUGCCUUCCUCGGCCUGCGCCGCCUGCGCACACUCAACCUGGGCGGCAACGCGCUGGGGAGCGUGGCGCGGGCCUGGUUCUCCGACCUGGCGGAGCUCGAGCUGCUCUACCUGGACCGCAACAGCAUCACCUUCGUGGAGGAAGGAGCCUUCCAGAACCUUUCGGGCCUCCUGGCCCUGCAUCUCAAUGGCAAUCGCCUCACCAUGCUCUCCUGGGCCGUUUUCCAGCCAGGCUUCUUCCUGGGCCGCCUCUUCCUCUUCCGGAACCCUUGGCGCUGUGACUGCCACCUGGAGUGGCUGCGUGAUUGGAUGGAGGGCUCUGGGAGGGUGGCUGAUGUAGUCUGCUCCUCCCCUGGUUCUGUGGCCGGCCAGGACCUCAGUCAGGUGGUCUUUGAACGCUCCUCUGAUGGCCUGUGUGUGGACCCCGAGGAGCUGAACUUCACCACGUCUAGUCCAGGCCCGAGUCCGGAGCCGGUGGCCACCACUGUGAGUAGGUUCAGCAGCCUCCUUUCCAAGCUGCUGGCCCCAAGGCUCCCUGUGGAGGAGGUAGCCAACACCACCUGGGAGCUGGUCAACGUCUCGCUCAAUGACAGCCUUCCCUCCCGGGGAGUGCUCGUCUUGGGCUGCAAGGCCACGUUUCUCUUCACCUCUUGCCUCUUGCUCAGCCUGGCCCAGUAUGUGCUUUUGAGCUUGCAGCGGGACUGACUGCCACCCUGAAGUGACCCCAAACCACUCUGACCCAAAGGAGACGGUUUGCUUGGCUGUGAUUAGUACUGUCUGUAGUGAGGGGUGAGGGAAUAUGGUGAUAAACGUUCUUGCUGAGGAGGAAGUAACUGUUUACCCUAGGCCGAGGAGAACUCUGGGAAAUGCCGCUGAAAUAGGUAUAGAUUUCCGCUCUUCUCACGUGGGCAUCCAUUGAGAAAGAGAAGAAUAAACAUGGUGAGUAGACGAGAAGUGGAAGUUUCUGGGACUCCUACCCUCUCAUCUCCACAAGGCCUAAAUUAAAGCGGCACUCGAUUGGCUAAGUACCAAGGACUAUGUCAGCCCUCCUGCCCCAGUAGCCCAUAAAACCCAAUCCCCGUCUUUUCUAACACUUCUUCCUCCCUCUACCCCCAGGGGCUUGGGGACAAGAUUCAGGAAGGUGGACCGGACAUUAGAGAAGGGGUGUGGGGAAGAGACUUAGAUUCAAGGUGGUUGCUGGGGUCUGAGGUGUAUGACAAGAGGCAUUUAAAACAAGGAUUCAUUUCUUUUAUGCCACAAUUGAUCCCUUAGUAUACGCACUGUCAGACCUCUAUCAAGGUGUGUUUGUGGACCAUAUUUAUAAAAUGCUAAAAUUAAACUUAAACCAG